UAGCCUAGCGGAGCAGCAGCAAACAGCAAGCUGGCUGUAUCGCAGCGGUGGCUGCGCGUAUACGAGUUAUCUGCAAAAAUGAAUUAAAACCCAAAGCGUUUUAAACAGCAACCAAACUGAGGAAUCCCGAGACUCUUGGCUAGAGGGGCGCAGUGACAGAUGGUGGUUUAAGUCUCUUCUGGUUGGGUUGACUGGUCUUGAGGAUUGCAGUGAGUUGCCAGUGAAGAUGGUGGAUGGAUCCUUCUUGCUGUGUGUGAGCCUCUCUGGCCGAUCCUCUCUCCCUGCCCAGCUCUGAGAUGCUGUCAGGCAGCUGGCGGAGGGCUGCAGUCCCCCCAGCGGACUCCAGGGGCAGCAGCGUGCUGCUGGAGGCUCAGUAUGAGUAUGAGUACCGCGCCACGGACGGCAGGAUGGUGUCGAUCCGCGAGGGCGAGCGCUUUGUGCUCCUGUGCAAGUCCACCGAGGACUGGUGGCAGGUGCGACGCAUGGGGGACCCCCCCAAAGCUAAGCCCAUCUAUGUGCCCGCUACUUACGUGACUGAGGUGGCUUCCACUGUCCGACUGGUGCCACGCACCACCCUCGCCCCCUGCUCGCAGAGCCACUGCACAGGUUCUAAAGCAUUGUGCCGAUCCAUGGAGGAUCUGAACUCCAACAGCAUGUUCCGUGGCGGCAGGGCUUGCUUCCUCACCCUGCCCCUUCAAGACCCCCACGCGGGGCACCAGGGGGGCUCCUUCCUGCUGCUCCCCUCAAGCGACGCCCCGAUAACCCGCAGCAGGAGCUCAAGUGUGCUGCCCCAGAACCCCUACCGAGAGGUGGCGGAGAGGGAGCCCUGCCAGCCCAAGCAGAAGUCUUACUCCCAGGGAGAUAUUAUCAAAGAAGAACCACCACCGAGACACAUCCUGGAGCUGGAGUCCUACAUCCCGCGCCAUUCCUCUCUCUACAGUAACCAGGAGAAGUUGAAGCGCGUGCAGACCCUGCCUCCCAGCCCCACACAGCGCCCCCUGCAGGUCCUGGAUCUGUGGGAGCAGCACGUGGACCCUGCCUCGGGACGCUGCUUCUACGUGAACAGCGUGACCAGCGAGCGCUCCUGGAAACCCCCGCGCCGAGCCCGAGACAGAACAUCGACCCUGGUUUCGCCUGAAGCCAGUCCUGUGAACUAUGUAUACAGUGUACAUGAUGGGGACAUGGCCUGGGAAAUGAUGCAGAAUAUCCAGCACACUGCCUCCAUUGAUGGGCUCAAUACAGCUCCAUUCAGCCAGGCGCAGAGCAGAAACAGCGGCAUUCUCUACAAAGCAGACAGACUCGGCCACGGCAGAUCCAUGAUCCUGACUGAGCAGAGCAACAAGGUGAUCCAUCACCGGCGCAAUCUGUCCCAUCACAUCCCGAGCAGAGGCAUGGCGUUCUCCUCCCCAAACAGCUCUGCUGACGGCUCGGAGAGCAGCACCCCAGAACUUGAAAAAUGCGGAUUGCUGAACAAAACCAAAAUAGCAGAAGGAGGUAGGAAGUUAAGGAAGAACUGGAACCCUUCCUGGGUGGUGCUGGUGGGAAACAGCCUGAUGUUCUUCAAGGAUCCCAAAUCUCAGACCCUCCAGAGCUGGAAGCCAGGGAACAGUAAGCCGGAGAGCAGUGUGGAUCUGAGAGGAGCGCAGCUGCGCUGGGCCAACGACAUGUCCAGCAAGAAGAACGUCUUUCGACUCCGGACAGUGACGGGCAAUGAGUUUCUGCUGCAGUCUGACACCGACUCUGUGAUCAGGGAGUGGUUCAACACCAUCCACAAUGUCAUCGAGAGGCUGGACAGGGAUAACCCUCUGGACAAUGUCCUGCUCUACUCUCUGCGCCACUCGGGGAGCAUGGAGAUGCUGGAUGGCAGUGGAGACGAGGAGGAGGAGGAGGGGGGGCGAUCGGGAAGGAAGUCCUCCUUGCCACGCUCAACCUCCAACGUGGAGAACUCGGAGAAGAAGAGAGUGAAGAGUCGACUGAGAAAGCUAAUUCUGAAGAGGCCUCCCCUGCAGGCACUGCAAGAGAAGGGGCUUAUUAAAGAUCAAGUGUUUGGCUGUCGCCUGGAUGCUCUGUGUGAGCGGGAGAAGACCACGGUGCCGAGGUUUGUGCGGCUGUGCGUCGAGGCUGUGGAGAGGAGAGGCCUCGAGACAGAUGGCAUCUAUCGAGUGAGCGGAAACCUGUCCGUCAUUCAGAGACUGAGGUUCCACGUCGACCACGAGAGAGCCGUGACUACAGACGGCCGUUAUUUAUUCCCUGAAGAGCUGGUUCAAGAGGAGAAGCUGAACCUGGAUCACAGUCAGUGGGAGGAUAUCCACGUCAUCACUGGGGCUCUCAAGAUGUUUUUCCGGGAACUGCCUGAGCCCCUGAUCCCCUACAGCUUCUUCGACGAGUUUGUGGAGACUGUCAAAAUGCCCGACUACACAGAGAAAGUGGACAAGCUGAAACUGCUGGUGGACAAUCUGCCCCCGGCUAACCAUGACACCAUGAAGUACAUGUUCAGACACCUCAAAAAGGUGAAGGAGCUAUCGGAUGUCAACCGCAUGACCACCCAAAAUAUCGGCAUCGUCUUCGGCCCCACCCUGAUGAGACCAGAAAAGGAUUUCGCUAACAUCGCCGUCAACAUGGUCUACCAGAACCAAGUGGUGGAGGACAUCCUGAGCGAAUGCGACGCCAUCUUCAGGCUGAGCAGAGACUACCUCUGAUCUUCUACAGGCUUACCUGAACACUGCACUCGACUGAGCCAGGGGGCAUCUGAAACGGCUUAAAAGGACCCAUUCGCCAAAGACC